UACCGAAGUCGAUGUACAGACGUGGCAUUAUUAGUUUUACACAUCUACUAAUAAUACUGUGGAGACUGAAAAAUAUUUCGUACAACUUCGAAAAUGACUUAUAUUGUUAAUUUAUUAUUAACGCUAUCGAUCAUCGGUGCCAUACUAUUAAUUCCUUCAAACGCGGAGGUAGAAGAACAUGAAAAUGGGAUCGAAACCAAUCACUUACUAAUCAAUCCACACACUCCUUUUUAUCAUUUAUCAAUGGAAUCAGGCACAUUAAAAGUUGAUAAGAAAACAGACGUGUACGAAAAGUUUUAUUUAGAUGCUAUUAAUUACUACAAGAAUCCAGCUCACGAUGAUAAUGAUCGAAUAUAUAUAAAAUUAUUGAUUUUCGUUGAAAAUUACGAUAUGGACUGGAGAGAAAAAGCAAAUGCAUUCCAACUUAAAUAUUACUGGGAAGUCAUCAAUAAUUACUUUAAUGCAUUAUCUAAUGGAAAGAUUGUAGUAACCAUCGUUGGAGUUAUUUCAUUAACAGAAAGAGACGUGUUAGACACCGAUGCUAUAAUGAGCCAACGCAAAAAUAGAAAUUCUAGGCCAGAAAGUGGUUUAGAUGCACAGUUUAUUGUCAAAGAAAUAAAAAAAUUUUUGUAUAACAACAAAGCUACGUUUAAUGAAACUGAGUAUGAUAUGUUUGUGUUUAUGACACGCUCAACUUUAUCUGUAAAAAAUAAGAGGAAAUUUGAGCCUGUACAAAGCUGGGCAGGGGGAAAAUUCUGUUUAUCUCAAAAUAAUGCUAACACUAUGCCUCCGGGUUUAAUUAUGGAAAAUUCAUUACAAUAUGGUUACCUCAGUACCACUCAAUCGCUUGCUAAGAGCAUUGGAAUUGAUUAUGAUAAUAAACAUGGAUGUUCUGAUGGUGAUGUUAUGGGUCUUCUUCAAAAUCUUCCAGCGCGAAAUGCUACUAAUCUCGAUGAUCAAGAGAAAUUUGAUUAUAAGUGGUCCGAAUGUUCAAAAGCGCAAUUAAAUGCUGUUUUAAGUGAUUCCAAAUUGGCGUGUCUACACGAGAAGCCUGGGUUUUUAAAACCAACAUCAAAUUGGAAAUAAAAAAAAUCAUUGUAAAUUCUGCUUUGGUUUUCGAAUAAUUUUCUUAAAAAAAAAUCUGAUGUAUCUUAAUGAAAAAAAACAAAAAAAAAUUACUACUAAAAAAAAAAAAAUGUAAUUUCAAUUAUACACUUAUCCAAAAAAUUAAAGGAACAAGAAAAUUUUAUAAAAUUUAUAGCAGUUUUAGGAAAUCUGUAUUUUCGGGUAAAAUGAUCGUAUUGAAAAAAAAAAAAAGCAAAUUGAAGCUUGAAAUCUUUAGUUUGAAGAUCUUCUAGCAAAAUAAUUUUUGAGUAAAUACCCUACAAGCUCCAUUUUUGAUUUUUUGGAAAAAAAUUUUUCCUUAUCCUUAAUAUUAAUUUGAGAAACCCACAAAAAAUGGCCAUUUUCUGGUUUUUUAGUCAACUUAUCACUACUUUGUAAAUAUCGAUAAAAAAAACAAUGUUGCCAAGUAAUUUUACAGCUUAAUGUACCCCUAAAAGCCCUGAAAAUUUUCACAUUGAUCCAUUGAACCGUUUAUCUGGGCCGAUUGCUUAAAGUUUUAUAACACAAUUAAAGGAACAAGUUUUGUUCCUCAAUUUGUAUAAUUAUUACCCAAAUGAAACAAUUAAUUUUUUUCGGAUUUUCUUUUAUUUUUACGUUAGUUAUUUGGUAAAUGUAAGGUAAGGAGAAAAAAAAAAAUUUUUUUUCUAAAAACGAAAAAAAAUCCAAAAAACUCGAAAAAAACGUAAAAAAAAAAGAAAUUAAAAAAUUCUUGUUUUAUCUCGUUUUUUGAAAAAAAAAAAAAAAAAAAUUUUUUUUUCCUUACAUUUACCAAAUAACUAACGUGAAAAUCAAAGAAAAUCCGAAAAAAAACAAUUUUUUCAUUUUGGUAAUGAUUGCACAAAUUAAGGAACAAAACUUGUUCCUUUAAUUGUUUUAUAUAACUUUAAACAAUCGGCCCAGACAAACGGUUCAAUGGAUCAAUCUGAAAAUUUCCAGGGCUUUUAGAGGUACAUUAAGCUGUAAAAUUACCUGGCAACAUUUUUUUUUCGUCGAUAUUUACAAAGUAGCGAUGAGUUGACUAAAAAACCAGAAAAUGGCCAUUUUUUGUGAAUUUUUCAAAUUAAUAUUAAGGAUAAAGAAAAAUUUUCCUCCAAAAAAUCGAAAAUGGAGCUUGUAGAGUAUUUAUUCAAGUUUCUCAAACUACCCAUUAAAUUACUGUGCGACCAUUAGUUGCUGAGAUAUCGAUAAUCAAAGACAAAAGGAUCCGUUUUCAUUUAAAGGCUGAUAUGUCAGCAGCAAAUUGUCGUGCAGAGAAACAAAAAAAAAAAAAAAAAAUAAAUUGUAGCUGAAUAAAUUUUCUAAACGAACCGUGAAUUGUUUUUUUCGAAAAAAAUUUUCCCGGCCCCAUAAACCUAAAAAACAAAAACAAAAAAUUUAGAAAAAUUUUGUCUCGACCUAUUUCUUUUGAUUCCGCAAAAACCGUGGCUCAAAAAAUUAUUUUGCUAGAAGAUCUUCAAACUAAAGAUUUCAAGCUUCAAUUUGCUUUUUUGUUUUUUUCGAUACGAUCAUUUUUCCCGAAAAUACAGACUUCCUAAAAUUGCUAAAAAUUUUAUAAAAUUUUCUUGUUCCUUUAAUUUUUUGGAUAAGUGUAUUAGUGAAUUUUUUUUUUUUUUUUUUUUUGUUGCGGUGUAUAGCAUCUUUAUGCCUUUAACACUUCUUGCCUUUAAUCGCAAAUUAUCACCUUUUUCUAUUCCCUCCUCUUUUUUUUUUUUUUCAUGCGGCUGUGGUCCGACUUGUGCUUAUACUGUACUGUACCAUCACGGUGAUACCCUACCUCCCACCUUUGGCUGUGGGAGUAUAGGGGCAAGGGAAACCACAGAGAAAACCAUUGCCAGUACAUUCCGGUUUGAGUGACGUUCUAGUGAUCGAUAAAAUUCCCAUUUUACCGAUCACUAGCUCCUUCUCCCGCGCCUAACGGCCAGAGACCGCCGAUCGAGCCCAACGCUUGGCUAAGCGGUCACCCAUCCAAGUAGCGACCAUGCUCGAUGCUGCUUAGCUUGAGUGAUCGCCCGGGCCACUCGAGAACCGAUCAACUGCCUCUGCCCCUGUGCUAGUGAAUAAUUUUAUUCGCAACUUUAAGGAGUAUAUAAAUAUUUAAAAAUUACUCACAUCUUCCUAAUGGUGUGCAUUGUCUUCCAAAAAUUUUGCAAUAAUUAACAAUCACACGGAGAAAAAAAUAUAGCAACCUUUACCUAAAAAUGCGUUAAAAUUACUCAAUUCAUUUAGUAAACUUAAAAUGCUAUUGAAAUUGUGUUAUUUUCACUAUUUUGAGAACUUAAUUUUUUGUUAUAUUCAGUAACUUUUACUGUUUAAGUAUGAAAAUAGAUAUAAACUGCGUUAGUAAACUUGACUGUAUAUUUAGUAAAUUGUGCUAUCUCGGUUAGUAAAUUUUUCUAUAUGAAAAUGGAAAUAAAUAAAAUUAAAUUUCUAUUAGUU